AUUCAAAGCAAAGUUCAAGCACAGAUCUCUAACAAUGGCUAGGUCUUGUUUACAAUUUCUCCCAAUACUAUCCUUGAUCUUCUUCACCCUCCUUGAAAGCCAGUCGUAUGCACGGACUCUGCAGGGCUCCAGACAGGUUUAUAUAGUAUUAGUAUCAUGUGAACUAAAUUCCACAAGGUCGGCUUAUUUAUAUCUCCUGAAUAAGGUGCUCGAGGACAUCAAGCCGGAGCAUGCUCUUAUUUACAGCUAUAGAGCUGCAGCCUGUGGAUUUGCUGCCAAACUCACUCAAAAGGAGGCAAAAAAGUUACAAGGGGUUGAUGGUGUCCUUGAAGUUAUUCGCAGCAUAACAUAUCAUCUUGAUGAUGGAAUGUCCAGUGCUGCUUUCAUAGAUGGUCCAGUUUAGGCUGAAUUUUGUAGCUUCAAGAAUAAAGCAAAGGGUGUUAAAUGUUGUCCAAGCUUAUGCAUUAGUUUCUGUUGGUUUAAUGAAUUUUCAGUGUUAUU